AUGGCAACAUAUACCAGUAGAGGUAUUGAUGGCCACCAGGGCUUUACCACACAGCAUCAAUAUCCACGUCUUGAACGUGAAGCGGAACGACUGCUUACUAAUUUUCCAGAAAUGCUGUUCGGCCGACUCUUGUGCUGGAUGAACGAAGAUUUUUACGUGGCCAAGAAUCUGCUAAACGUCACAGCAAUUUCGUGCUCCAUGCGGAUAUGUAUGAUGGAUAUUUUUAUAUGUUCUCGCAUCGAAGGUGCUCGAUUUCUUGGAGGAAAUAAGGAAAAGGCCCCUAGUAAACAGGAGCUGGCAGUGUUCACGUCGCUGUCGGAAGCGAAACGUGACCCUGAGGAUCUUGUGCGCUGCUUUGCCUACAUCCUGCCUACACUUCGAGCGUGCGGACAUGAUGCUGAAUACCGAGCUAUCGAAAAGGACUUUGGCUUGCGACAAUGCAACAAGCGUCGGGACACAUUUCUAGCCCACGGCGGUUGUUUUGUGACGCAUCCUGUCCGGAGCGAGACCAGCGAAAACGCUCGCGUCGUUGUCGAACAUCCAUGGCUCACUCGCAACGUCUUACUUGCUACCUGUCGUGAGCUUUGCGAGAUGCAAUCUCACUGA